AUGGCCCCCUCUGAUACCUCCACACCACCAGGGCAUCGUCGUCGAGCUUCAAUACCCACAGCAUUCUUCUCUCUGCCAACAACAAGCGAGUUCUUUCGAAAGACCCAGUUCAAGCCAACAAAGAUCUUUGGAGUGCUGUAUCUAGCAGAAGCCAAGCCUGAUGCAGAUCGUCUCCGUUUGCAUACUGUCGAAAAACUACUUGAGUUUCCUCGGUUUUCGUCUCGAGUCAAAUUGGAAACAAACUUUUUCGGAACAAGGCAAGCGUUCUUUGAAAGGAUACCUCGGGAACAAAUUGAUGUGGACUAUCACUUUCAAGUGAUCCAGGGCCAGCAAACCUUCUCGGCAGAAGAUAACAUCAGUGAAAUGGUUUCGGAAGCGCACCUCCUAGACUGGGAUCCGGACAAACCGCUGUGGAAGAUCACCUUGGUCACUGAUAUGAAGGACGGAAGAUCCAUGAUUCUGGCAAUUGUGGAUCACACUGUGGGAGAUGGAACUUCAUUGGCAGCCAUCAUGUCUUCAAUUUUUGAUAAAAAUGACAAUCACAGCGAAACGAAAGAACCAUCCAGCAAGGCCAAAGCCGCAGAUACCCCUCUGCGACUCUCUCAUAGGAUCCUUAUGAACCUAUACAGUGUCUACUUUGGUACCGUUGGGUUUCCUCUGGUACCCGCAGACCCCGAGACCUGUCUCAAGGUUUCCGCCAAGAACAAACGAGCAGCACCCAUAGGUCGCAAAUGCAGUGCAACGCGACAUUUUCCUCUCGAAGAAAUCAAAGCAAUCAAAAGUCAGUUUCAAGGCGCAACGCUGAAUGAUGUUUUAAACGCUCUCGUGACCAUGGCCUUUCGACGGUAUCUGGAAAAGGCGCCAGGUCGUCCCAUUCAUAUGAUGUUUGCCAUCAACUAUCGUCCUCCGUCGACUACCAUGGAGGAUCUGGUGCGACAAGGAGGGAGUAACAGAGUUGUUGGGGGCUGCUUGGCAGUGCCCUUGAGCUACACAUCGCCAUUGGAUGCGGUGUGGAGAUGCAAAGCAGCUAUGGAUAUUUACAGACGUACUCCACUAAUUCCUAUCUUCAGCCACAUUUCAAAUGUAGCCAUGGGAUUUCUACCGCAAAUGUUGCUCGAGCAUAUAGCGCUUGACAACUACUUCAAAUCCACGGGGUGCUUGAGCAAUGUCAUGGGUCCAACCAAACAAGCAAAGCUAGGAGGCUAUGUUGUCGAUGAUAUUGCGUUCUAUGGUAUGGCCACAGCGCAAGGGACUUAUAUUGGAGUGCUAUCGUACAACAAUCAGCUACGAAUGUUCAUAUGUAUGGACAAGCAUGUAGAUGCGGAUCCGGAUGGGCUGCGGGAUGCCCUCGAAGCCGCCUACCAAGAACUGAAGGACGCAACAAAGGCAGCAUCACCCUCUGAGCUGAUACCGCCUGACUCGACUCCCAUGUCAGCUAAAGUUCUUGAGUGGGCUCUGCCGAUUCUCUUGAUUGUUGCUCUUGGUCGUUGGUUGGCUGUGGCAACGUAA